GCUGUGAACAUGGGACUUGUUGAAUAUGGAGCAACGCAAGUGACGUGUAGUGCAGAGACCGACGGGAACAGUAUGGCUACUAAAUGGCCGUUCGAUAAAGAGUUAGCCUCAAGAUCUGUAUCAACUUAUUCUGGGAAACUUCUCGUCUCAGAUGCUGUUUGGAUAGACAUAUACACAGCUUCAUUUACUGCGAUAAAGUAUGUCAAUUUGAAAACACAGCUGAAGUUGAUAUCCAUGGCAACGUCGUGUGUACAAUACGUUCGGACGUGUGUAAACGUCAUGGGGAGAGCAAAGGGUGACGUCACAAUAGAGUGGAUAUCCGGUGGGAAUGAGGAUCACAUAAACUCCUUAAACAUCACUGUUAAAAGCUGUUCGGGUUAUUGCUCAUUAACAGAAUGUAAGUUAAACCCAUCCGUACAAGGCGCACAAAUUCCAAGCUCGCUGGAUGAAGCCGAAAUGUAUAGCUGGGAGGUCGUUAAAGACAAGAAUAAACUCCCAAUCAGAAAGGUGAAAGCGAACAACGUGAUUAUCAUAGGAAUAUCCCCACUGAUUUGUACUGAAGAUGCAUCUGAUGUCAAUCCUAUAUAUGCGGAGGAACCUAAAUAUUGCAAAAAUGGCAUGGUAUAUUAUCCACGUAAUACAUGUUUAAUGGAUUUCGACCCAACUGGGGAGCCUACAGGCUGUCGUGACCUCACUCAUCUUCAAGAUUGUGGAGAUUUCGAGUGUCCUGAAAACUACGUUAAAUGCCCUGGGUCAUUCUGUCUCCAUCUGAGGUUUGUGUGUGAUGGUACAAGUCAUUGUCCAGGCCAAGAGGAUGAGCUGGAUUGUGACAGCAUGACGUGUGAUGGACACUACCGAUGCCAUGUGAACAGAAAAUGCAUCCCCUUCAAUCAACUCUGUGAUGGCGUCCAGCAGUGCCGUAGGAACGACGAUGAACUUAAUUGCAGUCCGCAUUGUCCAGAGAACUGUGAUUGCCAUGGCAUGACCUUCAAAUGUGAAAGUGGUUCGGACAUCAUCACUUUAAAUCAGAUUCACAGUCACGCUCGAUGGAUUGAUCUAAAAGCCAACAUGUCUAACAUGCGUCCUCAUGUACCGGCCCAUUUCCCACUCCUUACUACGCUCCUGCUACGGGAAUGUUCCAUACGUGAACUCCUGGUAGAUGGACAGGCCAUAUUUCAGUACAUACCUACUCUUCGGUACUUGGAUUUAUCAUCAAACAGGAUAGAAGAGUUAUCUGACCAAACAUUUCAGAGCGUCACUACACUGAAGACACUAAUCUUAAGUAAUAAUCCUUUGUCUCGCAUCAACGAAAAUGUUUUUCACGGCUUGAAAUCUUUAAAUAAUCUGCAAAUAACACACACAUCACUUAAGCACUUGCAAAAUGAAGUCUCUUCACUGUCCAUUCUGACAGGUAUGCCGACACUAGAAUAUCUAGACCUGUCCUUCAAUUUAAUAGAGAAUAUCCCAAAAAGGGUAUUUGCUGAAUUAUUUUCAUUGAAAUAUCUUAAUCUCAGUCACAAUCCACUCACGUCUAUCGACAUCUCGGCGUUCUACGGAUUGCAUGUCCUUCGCGAUCUAAGAUUUACACAUACAAACAUGCAACAAAUCCGGAAAGGACUUUUUGACAACUUCAAGUCAUUGAUAUAUCUCAAUGUCAGUGAAGGUCAUAUUCAGGACAUUCAAAAAGAUGUAUUUGUAAAUCUUGGAAGCCUACAAGCUCUUGAUAUUCAACAAAAUGACCUGGAAAUACACGAAUUUAUGUUUAAAGGUCUCAACAAUUUAGCAUUCCUUUAUACAGACUCAUAUAAAAUGUGUUGCAUUAAACCGGAAUCUGUUGCCAAUAGUAACUGCUUCGCACCGGAAGAGUCCAUUUCGUCUUGUUCCAACCUUGUAGGUCUCGGCAUACUUAGGGUAUUUCUCUGGAUCAUUGGAGUAACAGCAGUGGUGGGAAACUUAUUUGUGAUAUUGUACCGUACCUUUGUAGACAGAAAGCACAUAAAGAAAAGUUAUUCUUUGCUUGUUAUCAACUUGAGUAUAUCUGACUUUUUGAUGGGGGUAUAUAUGUUGAUCAUUGCUUCCGUAGACACUCAUUACAGUGGCAGGUAUGUCUCAUAUGACAAAGAGUGGAGGGAAAGUGCCCUUUGUGCCACAGCCGGCAUCAUAUCUAUGAUAUCUAGCGAGAUGUCAACCUUCAUUAUCUUCUUAAUAACCAUCGAUAGGUUCAUCGCCAUUGUCUUUCCUUUAUCCAGGAACAAAUUAACCUGGAGAAGUGCUACGGUAGUGAUCACCAUUUUCUGGUUUGUAACAUUCGGAAUUGCCGUUGCUCCUCAGGCUUUUUUCCAGUCCUACUUUAAAGGAGAAUUCUAUUCAAGAUCGGCAGUGUGUCUUGCUCUGCCACUAACCGGAGAACAGUCGGCAGGAGACGAGUAUGCAGUCGCCGUUUUCAUCGGAAUGAACAGUUUGGUUUUCCUUCUUAUUGUAAUAGCACAGGUAUAUAUCUUCAGAACAAUGAAGGGCAGCGGGACUCUGGCCGUUACACAGAACCGUCGGACGGAAAUCGAGCUCGCCAAAUCUCUGUUCCUGGUUGUGGCGACAGACUUUUGUUGCUGGUUCCCGAUUGGAGUCAUAGGAGUGUGGGCCCAGACGGGAGGGGCGGUGUCUCCCGACGUGUAUGCCUGGGUGAUGGUACUGGUUCUCCCCAUAAACUCCGCCAUCAACCCGUUCCUUUACACAUACACCUACAUCAAGAGGAAGAGGCCGACCUCUAGUUCCAAGCGAAGCUCCACGAGUUUUACGACCGACAAAGGUAGUAUACUAGGAUCUACCAGAAACAACCAUGAGAGAUUUUACGACUUCGAGCAGACAAAUGCGUUGAAGGAAAUAUACUUCAGUAACUUGUUUGAAAGGAAGAAGAGAGAAGUUUCCCUGGAGUCGUAUAUCAGUGUCCACUUGCUGUCUCCUGGGGAGGCCUUUCAGAUAGCACGACAUGUAAUCAAAUCCGUCUCCUUCCUGCACGCCCGAGGAAUCCUUCACGGAGACGUGUCCAAGGAGCGUGUCUUCAUUACAAAGAACCGCAAGAUUGUUACCGGUGCUACACUUGUGAUGGACGCCAAGUUGGUAUCACUACAACACGAGGGACCCCAUGUGGACAUCCAACAAUAUGGGAUGCUAGUGAAGACCCUUCUCCGGAGACUGGACAAACGUUAGGGUGGCCGAGUCUUAGAGGACCCUUCUCCGGAGACUGGACAAACGUUAGGGUGGCUUAGUCUUAGAGGACCCUUCUCAGGAGACUGG